AGGAAGACGAUUCUGACAGUUUUUGGUUCAUCAUCCUUGUAACUGUUUAUACCCGGAUCAACUGUGAUUAGCACGAAUGAGAGAAUCCUUUUGUACACAGAGAACCACUUGAUUCUCUCACCAUGACUUUUGAGAGAGCUAGGAAAUUCGCAAAAUAUUAUCCUUAGAGACGGGUUCGCUGCUCGCACUGAUGUUUGUGGCAUGUCGUUGUAAGGAAGGCUCGGACGAAUGUUCGCUGUUUUUUUCUCGGUGCGUGACUGGAAAAGGAAGUACAUAGGACUUUUUCAUUUCUGGUGCCGAAACGGGCGGCGGAUUAGCGUUCGCGAUUCGAGCUAGAAAAGUGCAGUGCAAAUUUGCAGUUUCUAUUCGGAAGGCUUAGGAGCUUCGAGGAUUUCGGGCGUUCCUGAGGGGUGGGUUCUUGUUGGGAAACUACGGAAAAGUGCAAAGUUUUCACACGGAAAAUGUCUACUACCAGUGAGCAGAACUGUGAUGUGCAACUGCAUACGGAGAUCGAGGUGCUGAAGAGCGCCCUUGCCGAUAAGCACUCGCAACUGUUGGCCAUGGAGAAUGCCUGCCUGCAGGAAAGUGACCGCCAGGUCGAACUGGAGGACAGUAUCAUUGCGUGGCAGGACAAGUACGAAAGGCUGUACGAAUCGCACAAACGGGUUCAAAAAGUGAAUCAAAAUCUGGAGGAUAAGCUGCUGAAGCUGGUCGAUAGGAAUUCCGGCGAACGAGCACAGCUGACGAGUGACGUGGCAACGCUCAGUGUACGGCUGGCACAGGCCAACUACAACAUCCAGAAUCUGAAGCGGGAAAUCGAACGAUACAAAACAGACAUGAGCGUGGCCAUCCAGCUGUUGCAGUGCAAACCGGAUAGUUUCGUUUCGCCAAAGCUUUCUACGCUUCCAAUCGAGAUCCAGUCGAAGGUCGCCACGUACAUGCGUCUGGACACCAACUCGCACUCGGACUCGGAAGGAAGCACCAGCGGAGUGGGAGUGGCCACCGCAAGCUCCUACCACGUGCUCCCCGCCUCCGACAGCCCCCCGCCAAUGUGCCCCUUCCCACCAACUGCCAUGGUAUACUCGAUGCGGGGAAUCGAUGCGAACCAGUCCUCCUCUUCACAGGAUGGCGGGGGAGGAGGUGGAAUCAACAGUGGUGGAGGAGGAGGAGCUGCAGCGAAACUUCAAUCGCAUCAGGAUAUGCUCUCCCUGGGACAUAUAAAUAGCGCAGAAAGUAUCCUGGGAAGAGGUAAUCGGAAUGACCACAAUGUCGUGUCACCGUCCGUAAUGGCCAAGUUUCUCGAAGACGAGCUGAAAUCGAGUGAGGCGUUGCUUAACUCUCCCGUUAAACAUUGCGAAACUUGUGUCUGCCCGAGAAAUGCCAACCUGACGAGUGGGUCACUGAUCCUUGCCGAUUUGCUCGGCGAUGGGCAGAAGUACUACAGUGUCGGAACGCAAACCGUUAUCAAGGGAGAAACUAACAAUUCGCUAUGUUUAAGGUGUAACAAUAAUCUAAACUCGCCGUCCCACAACAAUAGUCCUUAUAUCAUGAAACUGAUCAAAUCCAGUGAUAGUGUCAUAUCGGAAACGAAGAGCAGUGUUUCGGAUUUCCUGACGACGCCGGACAAAACCUCGCCCAACAAUGGAACAGAUCAAGGAAUACUACCCCCAGCGAAGAAGGACGACCUGAUGGUGAACCCUAUUUUGGGACAUCAUCGAAUAACGGAUCGAUCUGGCAACUACAAUAGCACAUCACCUAAUUCUGAUCCCCCUAUUCAAUCAGGACUAACCAUAACCAAAAGCAACAGCUACUCGAGUGGAAAUGGAACGAAGCUAUCGCAUAUUAAUCAAACCAAGAAAGCUCAAGACCUGCUGAAACCAAAGGUCCAGUCCACGGUGUCUACAGGAAGUAAAUAUACCGGCGAAUCUCCAUCGUACAUAAUCAAGGACACCGAUCAAAUGAGUGGAAGUCAUGCACUACAGACACCGAAUUCCGGUAUUGGUGGAGGUUUUGGAAGCGUGAGUAGCCAACAUAACAAAAUGGCGGGAGGAAGUGUUGGCAGCGGUCUGUACCAUGCGGUUGGAAGUACGAACAGCCUGUGGAGUAGAACGAGCAGCGGGGACCCCGUACGGGACGGAGCGAAGAUAUUCGAGAGCUUCAAUAGGAAUCUCAUCAAAACGAUCAAGGCUGAAAAUCCAAAGAUGUCCGGUCCUCGGAUCUGCUCUCUACGCAUUCAGAAUGGAUCGAGUAACAUUCUGCUGGACAGUCUGCAGGACGAUGUAGUGGACGAUCUACUAGAAAGCAAAUCAUCAGUGGGACCUGUGAUCUAUACAAGGAGAGCCAAAUUUCUUGACGAGGAACUGUUACUGGACGACGAUCCAUCGAUUGGACUAAAUGGUGCCAUAAAAACGACAAGCCUUCCAACUGCUAGUGCAAGUGUGAAUAAUAGUAGUAACGGUAGCAAACAGACAUCAAUGAUAGUGAAUGGAUCGGGAAGUGGAGUUCUAAGCAGUGGCCACGGCUCUGGUGAUAACCAAGGUACAGACAAGUCCCGCCAAGAUAGCUCUCCGAAGGACGUAUGUAACAUGAGCACAACUACGUCGCCGAAUUCUUCUGAUCGGUUGUGCACAAUCGGUGAAGAGGUCAACAAUCUGCUGCUGAACACGAAAAUCACUUCGGGCUUGAUUCCAAACAAACCCAGACCUGACAUAAAUGUGAACAAAUUGGAGGGUCUUGAUCUUAACUCGAAGAAAUCCUGCACACAGUCCAGCUCAAUAUCCAGUGAAAUCGAUAUUCAAGAAAGUGUUAUGCUUAGGAGACAGCAGUUAUCUCGUGUUGCGGAAUGGGUACAGAACAACUCGAAGAUCGGUAAUACGGAACACAUGAGCAACACAGAGUCAGAUAGUGAAAACUUAGCGCUUGCUUCAGCUGCUUCGCUCACUCUAGUCGAUAACCUAAAUAAUAAUAAUGGAAUCUCAACGCGUGAUCCUAAAGGAAAUUUUAUGGAUGCAAAACCAAUAGCUAGUGAUAUCAAAAUGAGCCGUAGUAGUAGUAAUAGUGCCAUGGCGCAGCAAAUAUCUAGCGAUAAUGUUCUUAGCAAUAGUAAUACCCUCAACAAUAACCACAUAAUCAGUAGCAACAAUAAUAUGAAUACCAAUUCGUUUGCUCAAGCCAACAGCACCAACGCAGCACCUAUCCGAGGAUACAGUCACUCUAGUCUUAAGGCAGCCAUCAUGUCUAAUGCAGCCCAACUAAACUUCAACAAUAACAACCACCCAACGUAUCAUGGAAACCUAAGCAAUAGAGCUAUGUACGGCAGUGUAGGAUUGAACCGAGAAUGUUCCCGUCUGGUGGAUGACAAGAAAGUACUGCUGGAGCAACAUGAGCGACAAAGCUUGGACUGCGAUUUGGAUGACAGCAACAGUGUCGAUAUCGCCCAGAUGGAAUACAACGUGAAGCAGUUCCUGUUGAAGCAAAACGAGUGGUCAUCGUUAUCACGUCGAAUGUCGUCUUCCACGGCGUCCGGAACGGUAGAACCUACGGCACAGCAUCAACGACAUCAUCAUCAGCAGCAGCCGGUGGUUGAAGAACCUCUGCAGAGGACAGUUUCUGUAAAUUCAAGAAAUCACGAAGGUGGAAUCAAGGGAAGCUUUCCUGGGACCGCGGUUCAACAAUCUACACAGUUCCACGUGAAUAAAUAUCCAAUUAAUCCACAUAGGACAGAAACAAAUCUGUAAACGGAUGGAGUUGGUGAACUAACUGAACGUUGAGCCAUGCAAGGAAGAGUGCUGUUGAGUUUCGUUUAUGAAAGGAUUAAAAUUUGAGGAUUUCUUUUUUUUUAAAUUACUAUCAAGACUGCUCGAAGAAACCUUUUAAAUUGAAUCUAAAAAAUAGCUUUUUUUCAAAUUAUUUUUA